UUGGGAAAGAAAGGUGUCCUUAUUAGAGAGGUGUCCUCAUUUCAGGGUGUCCUUAUUUUUUCCUCCAGAGAGCAAGAAGAAGACGCUAGUACACAAAAUGUAUUUGAAGGUUACCGUGACUACCGACGAUCUUCUGUGGCUUCGAGAGCUUCAGCUUUUGAAGAAAAGUCUCCAAACACUAUUCGGAGAAUUGGCUCAGCUCCUAACGUGAGAUAUCACAAGGAGAGCGACGCCAUUGCUGAGGUGGACGGGGAGCUUAACGAGGGGGCGGAGCAAGUGGAGAAGGUGUUGCUAAGAGACAAUGCUAGGAAAAAAUCGAGGAUCAAGUCCUUGUUUGGCUAUUCUAAAUGACGCCCACUGUUGUUGUGUGUCUGUCGUCAAUGGCAACGUUUGUAACUUAUUUUCUGCACUCUUAUUGUAGCUCAUCGGUUUUGCACAACGUCGUCAUGGAUACGCGACGUCCGCAAGCCCUAUACCAUGUACACGCGUGUUGGGCGGGAUUGAGAGACUGGAAGCGCAUGCGGAAUAGGGAAU